AGACCUAUAAUUGACUAUAAAUCACCCACUUAUCUCUCUCUCUCUCUCUCUCUCUCUCUCUCUCCAUUUACUUACUCCACUUUCCUUCAACAUCUCUCUCUGCCUCUCUUCUACUUUGAUAGAAAGAAACAGAGCUCCUCUGCUUUCUCUUUCAAAGGAAGAGAGAGAAACGGAGUGAGUGAGAGAGAGCAGAUCUCAUUGGCAUUUGCCAUUUGGGACAACUAGACCCAAUUCUACGAUUUCGCCUUUUUUUUUCUUUCUCUGUUUUAAGCUUUGUAGAUUGUUAGAGAGAGAAAUGGCGGAGGAGGUUACAGCGACGGCGAUGAUACCAGAGACAUUUCAGGGGGCGAGAGAUGACAUGGCGGGGCAAAUUGGGGUGAUUUGGGAACUAAUCAAGGCCCCAUUGAUUGUUCCGCUCCUCAGGCUCUCCGUUUACGUGUGCUUGGCCAUGACUCUCAUGCUUUUCAUGGAGAGGCUCUACAUGGGCGUCGUAAUCAUCCUCGUCAAGCUUUUCUGGAAAAAGCCUGAUAAACGGUACAAAUGGGAGCCGAUUAGCGAGGACCUUGAAAUCGGAAAUGAGGCUUUUCCCGUGGUCCUCGUCCAAAUUCCCAUGUUCAACGAAAGAGAGGUUUAUAAGAUAUCCAUUGGGGCUGCCUGUAACCUAUCGUGGCCGUCAGAUCGUCUCGUGAUUCAAGUACUUGAUGACUCUACAGACCCUGCCGUCAAGGACAUGGUGGAGAAGGAGUGCCAGAGGUGGGCUAGCAAAGGGAUUAACAUAAGGUACCAAAUCAGAGAGACCAGGGGAGGGUACAAAGCCGGUGCGUUGAAGGAAGGGUUGAAGAGAGAUUACGUGAAGCACUGCGAAUACGUGGUGAUUUUUGACGCCGAUUUCCGGCCGGAGCCGGAUUAUCUCCGCCGCGCCAUCCCUUUUCUCGCUCUUAACUCUGAGAUCGCACUUGUACAGGGUCGUUGGAGGUUUGUUAAUUCCGAUGAGUGUUUGUUGACAAGAAUGCAAGAGAUGUCAUUGGAUUAUCAUUUCACAGUGGAGCAAGAAGUUGGAUCAUCUACUCAUGCCUUCUUCGGUUUCAAUGGAACCGCCGGUGUAUGGAGAAUCGCUGCAAUCAACGAAGCCGGUGGGUGGAAGGACCGAACCACUGUCGAAGAUAUGGAUCUUGCUGUCCGAGCCAGUCUCAAGGGCUGGAAGUUCGUAUACCUUGGUGACCUCCAGGUGAAAAGUGAACUCCCAAGUACAUUCAAGGCAUUCCGAUUUCAGCAGCACAGAUGGUCCUGUGGUCCUGCAAAUUUGUUCAGAAAAAUGGUGAUGGAAAUCAUCAGAAACAAGAAAGUAACUCUGUUCAAGAAGGUGUACGUGAUCUACAGCUUCUUCUUUGUUAGAAAGAUCAUAGCUCACAUGGUGACCUUCUUCUUCUUCUGUGUUGUGCUUCCACUCACUAUUUUGGUGCCUGAAGUUGAGGUUCCGAAAUGGGGAGCCAUUUACAUCCCUUGUAUCAUCACUGCUAUGAAUUCUGUGGGAACUCCAAGGUCAGUUCAUCUAUUGUUUUACUGGAUCCUAUUUGAGAAUGUGAUGUCUCUGCAUCGCACGAAGGCGACUUUCAUUGGAUUGCUAGAAGCAGGAAGGGCUAAUGAAUGGGUUGUCACUGAAAAACUUGGUGAUACUCUCAAAAACAAAUCAAACCCCAAAGCACCAAAGAGACCACUAUUCAGGAUUGGAGACAGAAUCCAUCUGGUGGAGUUGGGUUUCGGAGCGUUCCUCUUCUUCUGUGGAUGCUACGAUUUUCUCUAUGGGAAGCACAAUUACUUCAUUUACCUCUUCCUCCAAACACUAACCUUCACUAUCGUCGGAUUUGGCUACAUCGGCACCUUUGUCCCUGGCUCUUAGUCCUCCCAUCGCUGUACAUCCGCAAAGUUCUUAUUAUCAAUCGCCUGAGCUUGUUUUUUCUCCUCUACAAACAGCUGGUAGUAUGAGUGCGUAUUGUUAUCGACACUUUGAUUGCACCCGUUCCCGCUUCAGCCCGAGAAAAAACAUGGUCGAAAUCAUCGAUCACGUCGAGCAUGAAAGCCGAAGGGAAAUCCGCUUGUGACACAAGCAAAGAAAAGUCAAAAAAAUAAAGAAGGUAGUACAAGAGUAGCAUAUUAUGAGCUUAUAGAAAAGGUCAAGUGUGUUGUUUCCAUUCAAAUUAGGCAGUUCGUCGAUUGUGGGACUAUCGUGUUUUUUCCUUAGCUUGCAGAGGGAAUAAGUUGAUGGCAAAGGGGCCAACAUUCUUAAGCAAAGUUUGUAUCAGUUUGCAGUAUUUUCUGUUUACUUGGUCAGAAAUGAUUGUAUUACAACUGUUAGAUAUAGAAUAAUAUUACAUGAAGGAGGGUAUUUUGAUAGUUUCAA